GCGCAGGGAGCAGCAGUGCAUUGUGGGAAACUCCCGUGCGCACCUUGGUGUCCUCAUCCUCCGCCCGCUGUCAUCCCGAGGAGCUAGUGCGCAGCAAAGAGCCGGAGGCCCAACGGAAGACGUAAGGCGGCGGGCCGCGUCAAGGACCCAUAUAAUGCCCAGGGGUGAGCUGUCCUGAGACACUGUGGUCCAGCCACCUGCCUGUCCCACACACCCCAACCCAGCUGCCAGCACAACCCAUCAUGGAGUCCCGGGGAAAGUCGGCCAGCAGCCCCAAACCAGACACCAAGGUGCCUCAGGCCACAGCUGAGGCCAAGGCCACCCCAGCUGCUGACGGAAAAGCCCCCUUGACCAAACCUGUGAAGAAGGACACCCAAGCUGAGAAGCAGGAGCAACCGGCAGCCCCCGGGCCAGCCCCUGCGAAGAAGACACCAGCCAAGGCAGACCCUGCACUUCUCAACAACCAUAGCAACCUGAAGCCAGCACCUGCAGCCCCCAGCAAUCCUGAUGCAACGCCAGAGCCCAAGGGUCCUGGCGAUGGGGCAGAGGAGGACGAGUCCAACGCUGGAGGCCCAGGGGGCCGAGGUCCCUGGCCUUGUGAGAACUUGACCCAUUUGCUGGUGGCUGGGGGUGUGGCUGUAGCUGCCAUGGCCCUUAUUCUUGGUGUGGCCUUCCUAGCACGGAAAAAAUGAUGCCUGAUGUCCCCGUGGGGGCACAGAGCCACUUCCUGUACAGACCUGACUCUAUAGUGCAUGCGAAGUCAUAGAUAUUUAUCUAUACAUAUACACAUCACACACACACAUAUGUAUGCCACAUACGACCAUGCAGCAGAAGACAGACAGUGAACCCACCUCUGCUGACCCCAGCACUCCCCCUCCCAAGCUCUGGGGCAGGAGCCCAGCUCUGCGGUUUGCAUGGCUGGGCAGGUGAACACUAGCAUAGGGCAGAGGGUUCAGCCUGUACUAGGCAACUAUGAGCAACAAGGGAGGAACAGACCCUGGGUACGGCCUCUGAAAGACAGGUGGUGGGUGGGCUGGCCCUGUGGGGAUGUUAAAGGGCGUGACUGUUUUCACUCCCCCCACUUCUAUUUUGUUCAGUUCUGGGAGGGGGGUUCUGUCUGGGCCUGGUGUCCAGGUGGGGGCACAGGACUGAUCUGAGAAGUCACAUCUGCAGAGACACACACCCACUGUCCCUGCCUCGGCUGGGUGGAAAGGCACAGCUUAACAGUUGGAUUUGGGAGGGUCCCCCUUCGGUUUCCCUUUUUCAACAUGUGUCCCAGGAGAGCCCCUGAGGCUGGGACCACCUCACUUCCUGCCUAGAGCAGCAGUUGUUGUGGGGGUGGCUGAGAGGCUGGCAGGGAGGCAGAAAACAAGGACCCACACCACAGUUGUGCCUGCCCAGUACCCUCCAAUAGACAGCCCUUCCUGCCUGCACCCAGCACCCUCUGAGUCUAACAGCGUAUAAAUGCAAUAACACAGGUAGAGUAGACUGCCCAGUGGGAGACAAUCACCCAUCCCCCACUGCCUGCAGGAAGACCCGCUGCGCGGUUCCUCAGCUCAUCUGGUCCCAGCUUGCCCCUUGGUGUGGUGACAGUGGGCAGGCUUCUAGAAGGUUGCAGUGGACUCUAAGGGAAUGUUGCCCUCACCUGGCCAGUGGCUGCAGGGACUCUGGGCCUGAGUGGAGACUGAAUCUGAAAUAAACUCUGUUACCUAAAGGCUGA